GGCAGAGACGAGACCUGACCCGGCGACGGAGAUGGAGGCGGAGGCGGAGGCGGCGGAGGUUACACUGCGGGAGUUCACCGAGGCUGACGCGGAGGCGCUCUUCGCAUGGGCGUCCGACCCGCGCGUCGUCCGGUUCCAGCGCCGCGACGCCUACUCGCACGUCGACGAGGCACGCCGCUACAUCGUUGACAAGGUCCUGCCGCACCCGUGGUACCGCGCCAUCUGCGUCGCCGGCGCCGACCGCCCCGUGGGAUCCAUCUCCGUCAAGCCGGCGGACGACCUCCCGCUCCCGGAGCCUGAGUCCGAGACCGGCCGCCUCCGCUCCGGCUGCUGCAGGGCCUCCGUCGGGUACCGGGUGGCGCACGCGCACUGGGGCCGCGGCGUGGCAACGCGGGCGGUGAGGGCGGUGGCGGAGGCGGUGCUCGCGGAGUGGCCGUGGCUGGAGCGGCUGGAGGCCGUCGCCGACGUGGAGAACCCGGCGUCGCAGCGCGUGCUGGAGAAGGCCGGGUUCGCCCGGGAGGGCGUGCUGCGCCGGUACGUCGUGCUCAAGGGGAGGCCCAGGGACAUGGUCAUGUUCAGCCGCGUCCGCGCCGACCUCGAGGAAAAGCCCGCUCAGGCCCAUGGGCCGUCAGAUGGCGUGUGAUUGUAAGAAAUAAGUUCAGAUGGCGUCACCUCCGUCAGACGGGCCAGGUUGCCGCCUCCCCUUUGUCCAGGGCGUUCUGUUCAGGGCACCGCCGGCUGUUCAUCCUGAGCGCCUCGGGGGCCGUCGUCGUCCGCUUCGUCCUCAUUGUUUUCAUUCUCUACCCCUCCGUUCAGCACGCUGGCUUGACGACAUGUACUUGCUUGCGGAGAUGGGGUGAAGGUUGCUGGCUGCUUAAAGAAAUGGUGAUAUUGGUCUUGGUGCUAUUGCAGCUAAUUUCAGAUGCAGUCAUAUUUAGAGGUCUAUUUUUCAGAUUGUGUAAUGCAAAACUUGUUAUAUUUGCAAUUCAGGGGAUUUAGAACUAGAUGCAGUCAUAUUUAGACUAGUAUUAUUCAGGGGAUUUACUGAUAUGUCUGAAUUUGUCGUGCUAUCAUCAAUUUGUCGUCGACAUUUGAAGUAUUCAAAAAGACGGAUAUUUACUUCAAUAAGAUCUCA